UCACAUCUUUGACUUGCACGCAUUGUGAUUUUUAAACUCGUGUUUUAAGACACAUUUUUGUUGUGUUAUAAUUUAUAAUCAUUGUAUUUUCUUGUUUAUCAUUUCUGUGUAAAGUGUGAAAAUGAAAUUCAAAACCAUGAAGAAGAGCAAACCUACUGAGCAAAUAAAUCCGUUUGACAUUCAUGUGAAUCGCCAAAAGCAUAAAAUUUUAGGUCGUCGUCCUAUGAAAUGGGAAACUGGUAAGCCUCUUCAUUCUCGUCAUAUUGCUACACAAAAAAGGAAAGAAACUAUUUUACCUGAGUUAAAGAAUCUAAACAAGUCUGGUAAAGGUGUGAUUGAUCAACGUGCUGCUAUAACAUCAAGAAAGGCUAAAUUAUAUCAAGAUGUUCCAGUGAGUCACGAGAAAGAAACUAAUUUAACUCACAAAGGAGAAGAACUUGACGACGAAAGACUUAAUCAGCCGGUUCAAGAUGAUGAUGACGACGAGGAAUUUGAUCUUCUACGGAGAGGAGAUUAUGUUGAUGUUGCUCAUUUUGGUGGAGGUGAGACUGGUGCUCCACUCUCAUCAGAGGAUUUCAUGAAAAUCGUUAUGGAUGACAAAAGGAAAAAACAAAUAGAAAAAGAAGAAAAUAUCAGAUUAACAGAGGAACUUGACAAAAAUUGGUCAACAGUCAGAAAUCUAAUCAAACACAAAGGAGCCAAGGAUGAAACAGUAAUACAAGAGACUGAAGAAUAUGACAUUUUACUCAAUCAGUUGAUGUUUGGAGGAGAUGAUCGAAAAGCUACUGUAUCAAAACCCGAAGAAGCUGUAAAAACCGAAGAUGUGAAACCAAGCUCGAGUGUUCUUAUUACUGAACAUUUGCAAAAUAUAGUAACAACAGAUGAUGUGGAUAUAAUUUUGAGAUGCGUUGACUCUCUCCUGGAUCUGGAGAUCAAAAAAUUAAAUUCCACUGUGGUAAAAAAAUUUCACGCUUUGUUAAAAGCAAAAGAAAUGAAGAUAUGUUCGCUGAAAUCAAUCGCAAUAUUAGUUUUCCUGAUAUCUUUUAAAGAACUUGAGCAUUAUGUUCUCUUAAAGUUCAUCGAUUUCUUAAGAAAUUUAAGAUAUAAUUCUAUUGAUGAAAUUGGUAAGCGUUUGCUGAUAUGCGAUUUGCUGCAUUCAAUUUACCCUGAUAAAUAUUUUCCUGAAAUUACCAUGAGCAUACAAAAUAUUUUGGUACUUUUUGAACCUGUUUAUAAAACAAUUUUUAUCCCAACUUUUGCUUUCGAUAAGAUUGCAAGUUCUGAGAUUCUGGCCUGGUCUGAAGAUAUGGAGUUCAAAAAUCUUCCUCAAUUUUCCCUUAGAUCUCUUUUCAAAGGAAAUAUUAGCUCGUCAAAUCAAGCUAAAUCAAUUAUUUUGGUUGCUGUUGUUGAUUUGAUAGAGAAAAUAUAUCCCCAUUUCAGAAAUUUUGAUUCUUUUGCACCAAUAUUUUCCAAGAUAACUCCUAUUCUUAGUAUUCUUCAAGAAAAGCUGCCUAAACCUAUGACCGACCGACUAUUUGUGCUACUUGAACAAUUUAACGAGCCCAGAGAAUUAUCAAGCUUAUCAUUUGAACAAAGAAAGCCUUUUAUGGUAACCAUGUUGGAACCAAGAUUAUCUAAUUACAAACGUAAAGAUGAUAAGAAAAAGUUACAGAAAAAAUACAAACGUGAAUACAAGAGCACGGCUCGAGAAUUGAGAAAAGAUAACGCUUUUGUUAGAGACACAAUUCUCAAAGAUACAAUCGCUAAAGAUGAUGUCAGAAAGCGUAAAGUUAAAAAAUUAUUGGCUGAUAUCGCUCAAGAAAAAGCAAUGUUUAAAAAAUCACGACGCUAAUCUAAAGCUACAAAUUUGUAUGCAAAUGGUUUGUUUAAUGGUUUUUAAUAAAAUGCUAUAUUGAUUAAUAGACAACUUGUAAUAUUUCGCAACGAAAAGUUAUUAUUAAAUGACAGCAAUUUGCUUAUGACUAA